AUGGACUCGGAAGCUCCGCAGUCACCUAGGCUGCCGUCCGCAUCCGAUCUGCCACCGGAAAAUACAGAUUCGGCCGCUGCUUCGAGAUCUGAAGAGUACCACCCAGAAUCCACCACCAACGACGAUAUUCACCAAUUGGAUGAAAAUAACCACCCGUCAGAGACAGGCCUGCACUCCACGUUCAACGAAAUCAUCACCUCGGAGCCUAACAGCGCGCUCGACGAGAAUGUCAGCGCAAAUUCCCAAACACAUGGUUUUGGAACAUUUGGAAGCGCUGCUACCUUGGUAGGGCUGGCUGAACCUCCAGCUGCUGAUGCGGAGCAGGAUCCCAACUCGUCUGUGAAUCUGAUCCAUUUUGGGAGCAGUACAGGCCGCCAGUUUGCCACGCCGCUGAAGCUGCUUCCACCAUUGAAGGAUAUUGAGACCAUUGUAACCCCCAAGAGCUUCGGUGUAGCUAAAGAUCUGGUGCUUGAUAAGCCCGCCGUAGAAAGUUCUCCUGUAGCAGAAAUCAAUAACGUGCAGAUCUUGCCCGAGAUCGACGAAGACCAUGAAGACGCGUUUGAUGCCACAGCAAACGAUACAUUCGCUAAGCCGUCCGCUCAGGCACCGGCCGUCUCCGCAUUGCAUCUGGAAGCUUCUGAGUUGGGCGCCGCCGCCAAUUUCGUGGGGCUUGAGCCGGCGCAAGUUGUCCAAUUGGGUGACGACAUUGUAGCUCGCUUGGCUCAGAGAGCCCAUACUUACCAAGGCAUCCAAUCAGAACUCUCAUUCUCCAAAUUGAAUCAAGAACAUGCUAACCAGAUACAGUCAGAAAAGUGUCUCUCCUUUCAAAAAAAAAUCGACGAAUUGUCAUUGCUAAACGAAUCUCUCCGCUCAGAAAACCUCGCCAUCAGUGACAAGGCUGAAGAGAGCGAGAUCAUUAUUACAUCAUUGAAGGCGAAAGUGAAUAGUUUUGCUGAUAAGUUGCAUGACCUUGAGUCCGCAGUCCACACCAACGAGAAGUCUCAGACUCUGGAAAUGUCUGCUCGUGAACACGAAAUAGCUAAACUUCAGGAUACUGUUCAUAAGCUCACUGAAGAUAAUGUCAAGCUCAGUCAACUGACUACUCAAUUGACCAAAGAUCUCAAUGAAGUUGCCAACGAGAAAUUUCAAAUCAAGUUGGAACUCACCAAAGUCACAAACAAAAUGACCUAUUUAGAUGCCCAGAAAAACUGGUAUGCCUCACAGCUGAAAAAUGUCCAAGAUAAGUACACCGAGCUCAUCAAGAAGCAUGAAACAGAGUUUUUGAAGACAUCGACCGAACUCUCCUCCUUAAGGAUCCAAAAUGAAGCUCUCUCUGCUGCAAAAUCUAGUCUAGAAUCACAAGUUGCUGAUUUAGAGUCGAAACUUGACAGCUCAUCAACAAAAUUGUCUGAUUUGGAGUCUAAAUUUGACGUGCAGAAAAUAAAGUUUUCUAAAGAGUCGGCUAGUAACGAGCAAAUGAUUGAACUCAUUCGGGUCCAACUUCAAGAAAGGGAAAAGCGAAUUUCUCAGCUAGAGUCAUAUGCCGAAGAGCUUAAAGAAUCUGCAACGAAUUCGAUUAGUGAUUUACAAUCAGAACUUACUGCCAAGGAAGAGAGAAUAGCACAAUUGGAAGUCAAAAUCAAACGUACAGAAGAAGCUUUCGGAGCUGAAUUGAAAAAAGAAGCCGAUUUGCCUAGAAUAUCUUCCUCAGCUGAAUCAAUAUUGAAUUCAAGCAAUCUGGGAAUCUCUCUUUCAGCAUUGUACACCGAAUUCAACUUAAUCAAAAAAGAACUUGUUCUUGAAAAGUCUCAAAAAGAGAAGCUCGCCGUCCAACUUCAGCACUUUGUAACAGAACUCGAGUCUAAAAAACCAGCAAUUGCAAAUUACCGCAACCAAGUCCAAUUCUAUGAGCUGUCUUUGAAAGAACAAUUAGAAAAAUUGGAUGCGCUCAGGGUAGAGAAAAUCUCCAUUGAGAAGGAGUGCAGUCGACUUCGUGCAAGAGUUGCUAACAGUGAAACAGAAAAGCAAUCUCUUAAGCAAUUGCUGAAAGAUUUGGGAAGACAGCUCUGCUAUUAUCUUAUCCAUUCUAGUAUCAGAGAGGGCAAAGAUGAUCCUUUGAGUGCCAAUGAGCGCCGCGUCAUUGAUCUGAUCUUAGCCAAGAGCGGGGCCGCUGAAGGGCCUGGGCAAACUGACACAGAUGUGUUGAUCUCUGAGAGACUCGUUGCCUUCGCUAGUAUCAUCGAGCUUCAGCGCAAAAAUGAGGAACUUGUCGUAGCGGUCAGAAAACUUGGGCGGGAUCUCGAGGACAAAGACCUGGAAACAACCGGAUUCGAAGCUGCAGCUGUCGAAGAGGCUAAAGAUGCAAUUUUGACUUUGCAAAGUGAGCUAGACAGCGUCAGCGUUCGACUUGAUGCUGUAACAAAAGAACGUGAUCUCUUGAAAUCAAUAAGUCCAACAAUUUCUAAUGGAGAAGUGCGCGGUACUGACAUGAAAAUUCUCUCUGAUGCAAACUCAGACUACAAAAUGCGUAUCAAGGAACUCGACAUGUCUUUGAAAACUCUACAAUCUGAGUCAUCCGAAAGGAUUCGGACUCUUACCGAAAAACUUCUGAUGGAAAGUAAAAACAACGAAAACUUGAGACUUGAGAAAGCAUCUCUUGUCCAUUCCAUAGAAUUAGCGGAGGAUAGAUUGGCUAGCACGAAGAGACUCUUGGAGAAUUCUCAGCGCAUCGGCGACCACACCAGCAAGGAAGCUUCUUUCUGGAAGGAACAAGCCUCCAAGCAAGAGAAUAUGCUAGUUAGCAAAUCAAAUGAGUUGCGGGAUGUGGAGAGACGAUUGUUUGAUGUUCAAAGCAAUUUGCAUAAUCUCGAGGUCGAGAGAGACCUGCUUGUAUCAGCUCAGAAUUCCUUCAAAGUUGAGAUUAAUCAACUCAAAGAGGACAAGCAACAUCUCACAUCAUUCGUUGCCAACUUGCAAUCUAUUCUCGAAGAGAGGGAAGCCUCUGCAUCGGACCUAUCAUCCAAAUUAUCUCAAAGUAUCGUUAACUACCAAGCGCUCCAGGACAGAAUCAAUGAGAAAGAGGAGCGCAUUCAAGUAUUGUCUUCUCAGUCCGAACUUUCUUUGAAAGCUCAGAAUUCUAAGUUGGAACAAGUUAAUGAAUUGAGUCAGAAGUUACUCGAAACCAAGUCUAAGUUGGCCGAAAAACAAUUACUCGUUGAAAAACUCAAGCUGGAUUUGAACUCUUGUUCUACAUCUCAUGGUAUUAGUAAGCCUGUCGACCAUCUUGCGACAAUAUCUACACACGCUGACUCGUCCUCCACGUCAAAUCCUGAAUACGACGAUUUGAAGAGCUCUUUGGAGCAUGCGGAACUACAGGUUCAGGAAUUUAGUAAUAUCGCACGUGCAUCAGAGGAAGCACUCGAAAAUGCUACAAGAACUUAUGAGGAGUACAAAGUCACCGCUUCUGAAACUCUCAGACUCCUUGAGGCUGAUAAAGAGAGACUCAACGAAGAAAUCAGAGCGAAGGAUAAAGAAUUUGACGAUCUUCGUCAACAAUAUCAAGAUUCAGAACAACAACUAAGAUCUGAAGUCUCACAGUUGCAGGCGAAAGUGCAAGAAAGUACUUUCAAAGUUCUGGCAUUUGAUGAUAUGAAGCAAGACAUGGAGCAAAAGCUUCAGUCGCUCAAUGGUGACUUACAAAAUCAACAAGCAUUGUUCGAAGAAAUCUCUAGACGCCAUGAGUCUAAAUUAUCGGAGGCAGAACUUCUUAAUCUUCAAGUUGCUAAACAAAAGGAUGAAAUUGAGAAGCUCAAAGCAGAUUUUGAAACUGCCUCAAAAGAGCUUCAAGGUGUUAACAAUCGGGUGGCAUCCAGUGAGCUCGCUUUGAAGGAAAAGUAUGCGGGCAUUGAGGAAGAAUUGCUGUUAGCACGCGCCAAAAUCGCAGACCUCCAAGUUCAAUAUGGCAUUGCUCUCAAUCAAAUUGAGCUUCAAAACAAUGGUGGCGAUAAUGUUGAGGGUGAUUCCGGCGAAGAUCUUCGUCAAGUUGUGCGCUUCUUGCGUCGUGAGAAGGACACCGCGGAUGCACAAAACAUUCAGUUGACAAACGAUGUACAACGCUUACAAUCAGAGUUUGCUGAUGUAUCGUUUGAACUUAACGCUACUAAAGCUCAAAUGAAACGUCUCCAAGCCACGAAAGUCAAACUUGAUGAAAGUGCGAGUGAGCAUUCGAAAUUGAUGGAACAGCUUGAGCAACUUAACAUCUUGAGAGAAAGUAAUGUUACACUCAGAAAUGAAAGUAAGAAUCUUCAGUCUCGUCUUGAGAAGUCCGAGGAGACAAUUCAGGCAUUGGAGUCUAAGCUUAACUCUCAGUCUUCAAGUGGUGACACACAAAAUGCCAUUGAUCUGCAAAACUUGGAAUUAUUGAAGGAAGAGAAUGAACGUCUCAAGUCGCAACUCGGAAACAACGAAGAAUACAAAAAUCUCAUGCAAAGAUUCGAGAAUUUGAAAGCGGAAUUUAAAACAAAAUUGAUGGGACACCGGAACAAGAAUAAGGAGUUGGACAAAGAACUCAAUGAAACAAAGUCCAAGUUUGAGGCUGCUCAAGUUGAGCUUGAAGCAGCCCGAAACUCACAAACCAAGUCUCAGGAUGAUGCCGUACAGCAGCUUAGAACGAAGCUCACCAAAUUGGAGGCGGAGAAAGAUGUGACGAUUAAAAAAUUGAACUCUGACUUGUCUAAGUUGAAGCAAGAACAUGAGAAAGCAGUUGCCGAGGUUCAAAACGCCACCAAGUCCACCAAUACUGAUGUCGAAGAAGAGGUCCGCAAAUUGAAGGAGAACUACGAAAAACAAAUUGCUAGUAUGAACUCUCAGUUUGAGGAAAAGUUAGCGGCAGAGAAAAAGUCUGUUGAGGAAAGUGUCGAAAAGAAGUGCGACUUCAAGUUGAGAGUCCUCAAUAGAAAAGUGGAUCGUUUGGAGAAAGAGAAAGCUGCUAGAGAGCAAGGAGAACCGCAACCUCAGGCUCAAAUUCAACCACAAAACGCAGAUGCACAAACAAAACAAUCGCAGCCGGUAGCCCAGGCGCAGAACAAUAAAAGGCAGUUCCCUUCUCAAGGUGUGCAGAAUCCAAAUUCUAAAAAGGCCAAGGAGUAA